GCGGCAAUUAACAAAACAGGCAACCGCCAACAGAUUCACACAGCGACUGUGCGUUCAUCCGUAUGUAUUUGACAGACUUGAAUAAGGAGCUCUAUCACGUCGCUUAGCUUCAGAAAGCGCUGUCUCCGCAUGCCUGGCGCUGCGCAACUCUCAUUGGCUACUUGUGUGUGCGUUUUGAGUCUUUGAGCUUGAUUCACAGUGGAAAACUGCGAAAUCGUCAUCAGAUUUUAUGUAGCCAAACCGAUUUUCCGAUGGAGAAGACAAUGUAAAGAACGGUGUUGAUCGUGCAGAGUACACGGCCAGCGGCGAGUAAUUUUUGUCGAGAAGUACGGAAAUGGCGCUGUGAAGAAGCCGGUGAUGUUUGCCUUAGAAUUCACUUUUUACGCAGUUGGUAUAUGCUCCUUCUCUGGAACUACUACUGCAGCCGCUUCUAAUGCUGCCAUCAGUGAGUUGCAUCCUUUCCAGGUGGACGGUUUGGUAAUCUUUUUGAUGAUGUUCCAGAACAAUGGCGCAUGUAUGCAGACUUCAUUGGCAGUGCAGACAGCACCUUUGAUCUUGCUACUCCAUGCAUCCUAUCUAUUUUCUACCAUUGGCUUCCCUUGGCAUUCUUACCAAGGAACGGUUGAUUGCAACAGAGAAGAAAUCAUACAAGUGUGGGAAAGAUUUACAAGGCCAUCAAUUAUCUUUGAUGUAUCAUUGGAGUUAAUGGAUGGAGAAAAAUUUUCUUCCACGGUAUUCUUCUACUACCACUCCCUUCCCACAUCGGUUCACUGCAGUAUCUUUGUUUUGGCUCGUAGCUUAACGAGGUUUUUAAGCUAAAUUACACAUAUAGAUUCUAUAGCUCGGAGAAUGUUAAAAUUUAAUUAGCAUAGUUCAAAACUUGAAAUUCAUAACAACUAUGUCUAAGUUUCCUUAAAACCAUUAGUAAGAACUUCUUUUAAUACAA